UGGACUAGAGGUAUUGGUCGCCCUUGUCACGACUCACGAUCGAUAUGUCAAUGGUGGCUUAACAUUGCUUCACAAGUUUGUAUGUCUAUGGUGUAUAAAAAGUGCUAAAAAAAUGUCCAACAAAAAUUAAUGUGUGCAAGUAAAAAAGUUGUUUAAUUCAUGAACAUUUCAUAAGAUGGUUACAAUUAUGACGAAUUCCGCUGGUGAGCAAAUUGCAAUGGUUGUGGGCAAUCAAGGUUCACCAGGAGGAGGCGGGAAUAGUGCUGGAUCGGGGACAAAUGGAUCUGCGGGUAGUAUAGGUGUUGGUGUUAGUGUGUUAUCAGGAGCUUCUGAAGAAGAUGACGAUGGGUGUCCUUCAUCACCAGCUAGUGUUUAUGAUGAUGGUAGUGAUUUAAUGGCUGCGGCCAUGGGUGAUGAAGUUACCGCACAAUUAGCAGCUGCAGGGCCAGUUGGGGUCGCAGCGGCAGCUGCCAUUGUGUCAGCCAAAAAACGAAAACGUCUCCAUUCAUUUGAAACAAAUCCAUCGAUACGAAAACGUCAACAAAAUCGGCUUCUACGGAAAUUACGACAAACAAUUGAUGAGUUCGCAACACGAGUUGGACAACAAGCUGUGGUAUUAGUUGCGACACCAGGAAAACCAAAUACAAGUUACAAAGUAUUUGGUGCAAAACCACUCGAAGAUGUUGUCAAAAAUUUACGGUCAAUGAUCAUGGAAGAAUUGGAAAAUGCGUUAGCACAACAAGCUCCACCACCUGUCGCCGAAGAUCCGUCCUUGUUUGAGUUGCCACCAUUAAUUAUUGAUGGUAUUCCAACGCCCGUCGAGAAAAUGACACAAGCGCAAUUACGUGCGUUUAUACCUUUGAUGUUGAAAUAUUCGACAGGUCGUGGUAAACCAGGAUGGGGUCGAGAAUCCACACGACCUCUAUGGUGGCCAAAAGAAUUACCUUGGGCCAAUGUUCGAAUGGAUGCCAGAACUGAAGAUGAAAAACAAAAGAUAUCCUGGACACAUGCGCUACGGCAAAUCGUAAUUAAUUGCUAUAAGUAUCAUGGACGCGAAGAUCUGUUACCGGCAUUUAGUGAGGAAGAUGAACGCGCAAAUGCGGCUGCAACAGCAAAUGCAAAUAUGGGUGGAAAUACUUAUCCAGCUGUUUUACAAACAAUUACAAAUCCAGACGGAUCAAUAAGUAUCCUACAGGUUGAUCCAAAUAAUCCUAUAAUUACUUUACCAGAUGGUACAACGGCCCAAGUUCAAGGUUUAGCAACGAUACCACAAGGAGAUGGAACCACUGUCCAUACGCUAAAUGAAGUAGGUGGCGGAACUGAAGUUGUCGAUUUAAAUACAGUGACUGAAGCGACACUGAACCAAGAUGGACAAUUAAUAUUGACCAGUGAAGAUGGUCAUGGUUAUCCGAUAUCAGUGAGCGGUGUCAUAACAGUACCUGUGUCCGCAUCAAUGUACCAAACAAUGGUUGCCAACAUUCAACAGAUUCACACAAACAGUGAUGGUACUGUGUGUGUCACACCAAUGGUCCAAGUCCCAAAGGUUGAACCAUCUAGUGGUGAGGCAAUGGAGACACUAACCGUGACUCCUGGUUUAACACAUCAAAUGAUGAUACAAGGGAACGGAUCCGAGCCACAAGUCUUACAAGUAUUAUCGUUAAAAGAUGCAACAGUUUUAACAAAAGCAAUGGCCGCCAUUGGUGAUGUUAAAUCCGAAGAGACAAUUAUUAGUGAUCAAUAAUUCCAAUAAGAAUUUUUGAGGUUAUGUUAUUAAUGUUUCACAGCAAAUCUAAAAAAAAAAAAAAAAAAAACAAAUUCUAGUCAACGUGAUCAGUCUAUGAGACACGUCGGUGGAUCACCUUUUUAUAAGUCUAUAGUUUUAUAUUUUUGUACAAAUGUGUGGAACCUUCAGAUAUUAAUUUAUUGUGAAACA